GCUUACAUAACAAAACUGUAGCAUGACCGGGCGGCCGACGCCUCAUCCACCCUCCGUGCGGCGCCUGAGAACUGACGUGUGCGAGCGUUUAGCCAACCAUAGCCAAGCCUCUUCAGCUGCUCUAUGUUUGAUACCAUCACCAGCACUGCCGUUUCCAUCCCCAACAAACGACGUCGCCUCUGACCAGUAAUCGCUUCAUCUUCCGCAUCCACAAGCGACUCCGAUCUAAUCUUUGACCUACCUAACUAUCUUGUAUUACCUACGGACUUUUGCCGGCAAGCCAUUCCAGGUCGUCAGUCAGGUGUGCAUCGCUUUCGUCGGUAAAAUCGAAAGCUCCGACUCGCCACCAUCGUCGUCGUCGUCAGCACUGCGCGAAGCAACCUACCUUCCCCUUUAUUUCCGUACAUAAUCAGAAUGGCCACACGAGGACCUCCCGGCGCUCGCGGCAUGGGCAACAACCGCUUUGCGCAGUUUAAGUUGGUGCUGUUGGGCGAGUCGGCUGUUGGCAAGAGUUCUAUAGUAUUGCGGUUCGUCAAGGACCAGUUUGACUCUUACCGAGAAUCUACCAUCGGCGCCGCCUUCUUAACACAGACCAUCUCCCUUGAUGAGAACACUACGGUCAAGUUCGAGAUUUGGGACACAGCUGGCCAGGAAAGAUACAAAUCUCUGGCUCCCAUGUACUACCGGAACGCAAACUGUGCAGUAGUUGUAUACGACAUUACACAAUCUGCAUCUUUGGAUAAGGCGAAAGCUUGGGUGAAGGAGCUUCAGAGGCAGGCCAACGAGAACAUCAUUAUUGCGCUCGCAGGCAACAAGCUCGAUUUGGUCACGGAGCAACCGGACAAGAGGGCAGUGCCGACGUCUGAGGCCGAGGCAUAUGCCAGGGAAGCAGGUCUGCUUUUCUUCGAGACGUCAGCAAAGACUGCAGAGAAUGUGCGCGAUCUCUUCACCGCCAUCGCCAAAAAGCUACCACUGGACCAAGCCGGGCCCAGGCACGCCAGGCCAGGUCGGGGUGCGGGCGUCAGCCUAAAUCCACCUGAGGGUGCCAACACGCAAACCAACGGUUCUUGUGCGUGCUAAACGGUCUUGAGUGUGCGAUCAUGGUGGUUUGACGUUCUGGUGGGUGGUCACAGGGGCUGCUUUGCUUGAUGUCACCAGUGUGCAACACUUGCCACAUAUUGGUUUUGUGUUAGCUCAAAGAUGGAUGAGUCGGAAUAAGGGAUGCUUCACGGUCUGUUAAAUUGGACGGUUAGUAUCGUACACUGCUCGGAAUCCUAUUAGGUACUUGCGGUGGACGACACGUGAGCAUGUGUAUUUUCAGGGUGUCGUCAGCAUGGUUUUCUGUGAACUGCCUCUUUUUUUUUAAUAGCCUUCUCAGUCUUUUCUUUCUUUCUUUUUUCUUUUCUUGUUUUCUUUCCAUCACGCAUUCACUAAAUUGCGUUAGUUUCUCUGGAUCUCUCUACCUCUUACAACUGGUUGGGUUUCUCUGGGAUGUGGGCAUCAUCACAUGAACGAAAGCCGGUGAUAUUUUGACAUUAUUACUGUACACACAUAGUUAUAAAGUUACCGUCUGUGAACAUGAUGCUGGGGUGGAGAGAAGACACCUGGGUUCGCCUUCACUUUUAGUGGUGUCUUUCCAACUUUUUUGGGACAAAUAGAACAGAGGGUUGCUAGGUACUUUGCAUCUGGUACUCGUAUUUUAUCUAGCCUAACAUCUUUGCAGA